CGAAUUUGUACGGCAGCAAAGAACCUUUUUCGCGUUUUUAACGAAGUCUCCUCGACGGAUUAACCCUUAUCUUCAAAUUUCGACGUAUAUUUGAAAUAUUUCGCUUAGAGAUUCUUGUUUGUGGCGGCAAAAAAUGUUUAAGCAUGAGUUUCAAGUAAGUAAAUUAGCAUAGUGCGGCCGAAUCGGUUAGCUUGCAUAGUUACAUAUUUUUCAAACCAAGCUUGAUUACUGUAACGUUUAGUUAUUUCUCUUUUGAUUCGUGUAAAUAGGGUGGCUCUUACGUGGAAGUUUUCAGUGCUCAAGGACGAGACCCGGUCGCAAAAUGGAGGCUGAGUGGAAGUGCUUCAACCAAAAACAAAGUUUACGAUAAGGACGUAAAGAGUUUUGUUUACAUUUUGGAGGGCGAGACAACCACAACGAAAAUGAGCUUACCUAAAGACGAGAAGCAAUCGUUAGGACUCACACAACGGUAUUUGGUUUUGCAAUUAUAUGUGCCACUGGGGCACUCGUUUUCUUUAGAGUUUGGUGUUUCAGACAGCUCUGGAAACAACAAACGUCGCAUUCUGCUCUCCUCAAAUCACAGAGAAAUCACUAUAACACAACUUCACGCGCGAUUUCCCCUUAACAUCCUUCGCCUUGGUGUCUGGUUAAAUCUUUGUUUUGAUCUACGAUCACUGGUAGGAGAAACGUUCAAGGGAGAGUCUUUUAAUGCUCUGGAAAACUUGACAAUUUCUGCGAGUUGUCGUUUAAGGAAAAUCUUCACAAUGAAGUUGCAACCGCUAGAUACUACGGACGACGAUGAACUCUACAAUUGCGAGAAUACAAACAACGGAGAGUCAGACAAUAUACCCAAAUCACUUCAGCUCUCGACUUCACCAGACAUCCUUUAUUACACACAGGUAUGAGCACUGUUUUACUUUUAUUAUUUUUGUUUACGUAGCUGGUUCAGUGCAGGCUUACUGUAAUAUACUUGUAUUAACGUUUAAUAUGCGGCGACUGAAAGCGCUAUUAAACCUAUUCAUGUUGGACUGCUCCUGUGGUUUGGACCAUAAUUAAUUUAUCGACGGUAAUUAUCUCCCUUGCUCCAUUUUUACACCUUGUUUUGUGAAUUAUGUCUUGCUGAUUAGAAAUGUGUUAGACGUGAUUUAACUGCUGGUGGUAUUUUUACAUUUUGUUUUUGAAAUGGUUAUUUUAUAUUUGAAAAGGGAUGACUUAUCGCCUUGUCACAAACCAGGGAUAGAGAAAAAUUCUGAGUUCCCAUAAGGAAUCAAAGCCUUUGCACUCUGAAUUUCUCAACCACUGAGCCACAGAGUCUGUUACUAUUAUUAGGUUCACAUGCUGAUAUAUUUUGGAAAAAAAAAAUCUUGGUGUAUCUCGUUACUUUCAGCCAAUGUUACAUGUAAGGCAGUUAUGGUCAGCACUCCAUAAAUAUUUUCAAUAAAUGUGAUUUCAUAAAUUAAAAUGCCUUUCAGCAAGUACUUGAUGUUUCGGUUUUAGAUAAAAUGAUGACUAAGUAAAUACAUCUUACAACAGCUUUGAUUUCAAGAUUGAGGUAUAAAAAAUUUUUUUCCUUCUUUGGUAGGAUUAAAUUUUCCUCAUCCUAUGAAAACAAAUUUAUUGUAUUUUUUCUUCAAGGUCAUCAACAUGACCAAGAUAUUACAGGCAGAAAUCAAAGCAAGAGAGAGAGCUGGCCUCCCUCCACCUUCAACACCAAUCCUUACUGAAGCUGAUGUGUCAGGACACAAACCAGAAGAACAACCUACACAUAUUGCAUUUGGCUCAAAAGUUGUUAUUCCUAAACAUGCAAGGAAGUCUUCUCGUGAAGGAGGAGCAUCUUCUGCAGGUGGCCGUUCUUCUUCAGGAUUAAAUCACAGUGGCUCAAUCCUUCAGUUAACAUCUGUUUCACCCGUGCUUGAGCCUGAAAGUGGACGUGAAAGUAGUGGACUAACUCAUAGACUUCCAUACCAGAGGUCUUUAUCAGAUGCUACUUAUUUUCAAUCAGAAUCUUCCAGUAGCCAGUUAGAGGUGGAAGCUACUCAAACAACAAUGCAACCCAGACCACCAAGAACUGGCUCAGGUGGGAAGACACGGAGAAGGCCAUUGAGAAUCAAACAUCCUGGAAGUUCCAAAGUUCGCAAUGGGGAUAACACAAAUAAUACUGACAAGGAUAACACAAGCAAUACUGUUAAGAAUGGUGUGAAUGGUUCCUCCACUUCAAAGGACAAUGUCUCUGAUGAUCAGGAGUCUAUUUCUAGAUCACGAAGUGAGAAUUCACUGAAGAUGUCAGGCGAUGAUAGUAGCUUAGCAGCAAGCUUUAAAAAACUGUCAAUACAAAUUCCUGAUAGGGAUCAAAAUGGCAAUGCCAAUACUGAUCCUGCUAAUUCACAAGAACAGACAGCACCGACGACAAAAAUUGAAAAAGAGUCUCUUUUCACUUUCUCAUCUAGACCUAGAUCCGCACCCAGAUCACCUCGGGGUCGACCACGUAAAACUUCAGAUUAUAUUCCAGGUAUGACACCUGCCGAAGAAAAGCCAGAGAUUAAAAUUUCAUUACAAGAAUCUGUGGAUUCUAAAGACCUAACAAAUAAAUCACAGAAUCGAUUGCGGAAAGGCAGUGAUAGAUCAGAGUAUGAUGAUGACUUCUACAAAGCUUCUGGAGAAAGUUCAGCUGAGGAAGAUGAUUUACAGAACUUUUUGAAAGCAAGUGGAAAUUCAAGGUGCAGCUCAAGAGGAUCAAAAUUGAGCCCUCUGGAAAGUCCAUUACCAAGCCCUGAGCCUGAUCCUUUGUCAAAUUCACAGAUCUUGAGAAUGAGUAUCAGAAGUAGCUUGUUGAAGGAGGUGAGUGAAGACUUAAAUGAAAUCCAAGUGAAAGAUUAACUAAAAGAGGUCAUUCUUCAGCUAGCCUGUAUAUCAGUAAAUCUUUUGGUUAUUGCAUAGUGUUUCAUCAGAAUUGACACAUAUCUUAACCAGACUUUACAGUUGACAACUAUUUGCCAAAUAUAUAAGAGACAUGUAAUUUUUCUGCCCAGAAAAUAGGGCAUGAAAUUAAGUGAAAACAGAUAAGACAAAUGAGACAUCUGACAAUUUUUAUGUUUUGUUCAACCAAGGAUGAGACAAGGUUGGACAGAUCUGGUAUUAAAAAAUAAGACAUAUUUGGAGUUAUUAGAGAGGUAUUUCUGUCAGUACAUGCCACUUCUGCACAUGAAUACAGUGACUACAUUUAGGUUGUACACUAUAAAAAGAAUACAGGUGUUUUUUUUUUUCUGGGCAGGGCUCAGGCAUUGAUUAAUUGGCUUCAAAAUGGUGAUUUGAUAUGUCAGAAAGUAUGAAAUUGUUAUAAUUGUAGUCUAUUAAUUUUUUUCUCUCUUCUUUUUUUUUACUUAAGAUUCCUUCACCACGCAAAAGCAAUGCAAAGCCAUAUGAUGCAAGGAAUUACCAAUCUGAUGCAAACUCGUGGCGGAAUGUUCAAUCAGAUGCAAGCUCUUGGCGAUUUGACACAUCUGCCAUGAGUAACAACAUGUUAGACAAAUCCUUGGAUAGAUCAUUUAACAGCUCUUUUGGACAUGAUAGUGGAAUAUUUAGAGAACACUUGAACAGUAGUGGAACUGGUUCUGAAGACAUCAUUGUUAAUGAUGGAGGGGAUUCCCUUAGUGAUUCUAGUGAUGAUACAACAUACAGUACAUGGAAAGGACCACCUCCCCCUGACAGGAGGAUACACCGCUAUUUAGAUGAAAUGAGGGUUAGUAAAAUGGUGUUAGUUUGGCAAGGAGGAGGUAGGAUUUAAUUUGUCAAGAAUUAGAGCUUCCAUUCUGAAAAUUUCAAAUCUGUAGUGUCUGUGGUAAAUUAAUGCUCACAUGAAUUGCUGCACAUACUAGCUAUUAAUCCAGUGUGACCGGAUAAGUUGAAGACAGUUUUUAGAGGCCCAUACCACAAAACAUCCUAAAAGGUUAGGGUAUUGAUGGAGUUAAGAAACUAUCUACAAUAAAACUGUGCCACAACUGGAAUUGGAUGUUGGACAUUGAAGCAAACUGAAAAAUUUCUAGGGUGGGCAACUGGGGUGGGGUUUGCCAAAGGAAAAAAAAAUUGAUACUGCAAGUUCUGGUGGGUUAUUUAGUCAACAUCUUUUAGAAUGAUGCUUUCUUCUUAUUCACUUAACUCACCAACUCCACCUAAAUGUACAGUGAAAUAAAUAUGUAUUUCCUAAGCCUAGAGUCUGGUUCAUCCUUGGGAGAGAUGUGUCCCUGGAGUAGCAUUGAUAUUUUACAUUACCUAUGUGAAAAACACAUAAAAGUGGCAGGAAAGCAUCAUGUGACAACAAAAGGAUAACAACAUGAGGAAAGGAAUGAAAUGUUUUCAAAUUUUGGUGGUUCUGUUUGGCCCAACCCUAACCAAAAAUUUUUUUUGUCUUCUUUAUCUCAUCAGUUUUACUUUUAAUCUAAAAGGAAAGUAGUAGUUUGAACUGUUGUAACAUGUGUUUUGCACUUAUUAGCACCCAGGACCAGAGCCAGAUCUUACAGCCACAUUACCGAUGGAUCCAAGGGAGUAUUCAAAUGCAUUCAGUCCACCAAUUGUACUACCCAGUCAAAAACGGAGCACUGGUAAGUAAAACACUCCUCUUGAGAUGGCAGUGAUCUAUAGUAAUGAGAUGUUAUUCUGCCCUUGCCUUUUCACUCACAUGAUCUUAUUAGUUAUUCUCCUUACUGUCUGCUUUAUAAUUGUUUUGAUGUCAGGUACAGGGUCAACUAAAAAUCCACUAAUUCAUGUUUUUUUUUAAUGGUUAUUCUCAUCACUUGUCUGCUUGAUGUUGUAUUAGUAUUGAAAAGAGAAAUUCUCUUUUGGUCACUCAUGAGAGUUAAAAAUGUUAUUUUUUUUCUGUCAGUGACACAGGGGAGGUAUGCUUUGUACAUUGUACUCAUGCAUAUGGUUUACUCAUUUAUUUCUCAUUAUAAUAAAAAACUGUCAGUCAGGUUGGAAUAAAUCUACGGCUAAAGUUCUGCACUGUUUGAGAUCUCUAGUUAUUGCAAUCCUGUCCUGUAAUCAACACUUAACACUCUUGUUUAUUUAACACGGCCAGAUUUAUCAUUUUCAAAAUGUUACUGGUAAGUUGUAGAGUUCUUAUGGAGAGAUGUGAUGCAGGAGUUUCACUAACUUUUCCAUAAGUGAUUGCCAAUGGCAUAACAGACAGUUGUACCAGCAAAAGGGGCUGAAAGGAAAAACCCAAACACGAACCUGCACCUAGGCUAAUCAUACAGCGGUACAAGGUAUUGUAGGUGGUAAUAGACUGGCACUGACAGGCUUUUAUUUAAACCACUAUGAUGGUUAAAGAUACAUGCUUCCUCAAAACAAUUAUUUGUUUUACAGCUGGCCAACAGGAGGCUCUUUCAGCUGCCCUAUCACCACCAAGAAGUCGUAAUCCAAGCUGUAGCAUGGACCACAACACCGCAGAUGAAGAGGAGUUGGAUUUACUUUAUGAUCCAUGUUUGAACUGUUACUUUGAUCCCAGAACUCACAAGUAUUAUGAACUGGCAUAA